AUGGAUUAAGAGAUCAGAAAUAUAUUUUAUCCUUGCACAGACUUUCUUUCAAAUUCACUUGUACAUGCAGAAAUUUAAGAAUAAUCAUUUGAUCAUAAUCAUUUUUAAUAUACAAAUCAACAUCAUACUCAAGAAUAGCAUUCUUAAAGAAUGUCAUAAAAUAGUACUCAAAAAAUGGUUUAUAAAGAAAAAGAUCUUAAAUAUAAAAACUUCCCAAAACUAAUUGGAAAUAAUUUUUUGAAAUGGAUGAAAAAGUUAAUUAAUGAUGAGAAAAUAAAAGUACUUCCAAAAGGGAUUGAUGAUUUAAUGAAAUCAAGAUAGAAAUGUAAAUAACCUAAUUUUACAAUAAAAGAUCUUUAAGAAUUAUGUAGUGAUGAAGCUUCUUAAAAGCUCUUUUAAGAAUAUAUUUAAGAUGAAUUAUUCUUAGAUAUAUUUCAUAGCAAUAAAAUUGCUGAUCCAUUUUCAUAUAUUCCAGGUAUUAGUAAUUAUUUUGCUUGUUCAUAAGAACCUAAAAAAAUGAAAAGUAAUUAUUUAACCAGAAAAUAAUUUACUCAUAUUUCCGAAAAAACUGAGUGA